GUCUGCUAAAACAGGGAGAGCACGCCCAACCCUUUUCGAUUACCUCGGCCCCCCAAGCGCUGCCGCCGCCGACCUAGCGCAGGGCUUGAGAGGUAUGGCGCCGACCGUUGACGACGGACGGCAGCCCCAAAAAGCAUCUUUUGGUACCAUCUUGUCCGAUCUGCAGGCAUGUAUCUUUGAGCCCGGUAUAAUCCUUUAUGGCUGGACUAGAGAUAUUGUUCUACUUCUUUUUAGUAGAGGAACAGGAACGGGAGAAGAAAUCGUCAGUGAUGCUGUCAAGUUAGCGGGAGCGGCAGAAACAGAAACUAGCUCUGUUGGUGAUGAAUAUGACGUAUGCUUGGACGAGGACGACUGUUACUACUACGACGAGGAUAUCGGCGGCUAUGUCACAGUCGACAACUUCCAUGACCUCGGUGACGACAUUGAUCGAAGUCGUCCACCACCGAGUUUCACAGUUCCUUAUUAUCAUGGAGAUGGCGAUAACAUAUGUAUGGAUAGCUACAAUGCUCGGUACAUGGUAGAGCUGCUGGCUGUGCGUCCUCGCUUCAGCUUCGUAGGCACCUUUGUUGCCUUUACCGAUUAUUCUGAAUGCUAUUCAUCUUCACAAAGAGGACAAGAUUCGAAGGGUUAUUUAAAGCUACAUUCAGAAGGCCAGGCCAUUAGUGACCAAUUCUCUAUUAGGAUUACUAUCCCAGAGAAUGGCAACAGGAUAACUGAUGUAGGAGUGUUCUCCUACACAGUGGACCCUUACACGUGCGACAUUGCUGUAACGCACACCAUCUCAACUCGACGCGGCAGGAAAAUGGACGUUACUUUUGUGCCGAUACACACUGCUACACAGGUCAAUGUGUACGUCACCCUUGAUCUCAUAUCUAGUGGCAGCAUCUACUAUGUCUAUGGUGGAAUUACUGCAUUCCACCAACUCUAUGGCGGCAAGGAUGUCAUUCUCUUUUCUCAUGGAAAAGAGGACAAAGCAAAGGUUAUAGAUGGCAAACUUCCACUGUCACGUAACUGGGCUGCUGUACCAAUAUACUUGAAGCCUCUCCUGACAAUCAAGAUGAACCUGUGCGUUACAUCUAAUCAAGAUCAUGAUGAUCAUGGUCGUACCAUCUCCUUCCAAGGUGAUAUUACCUUCUAUCGCGACGAUCCUGAAAAGACAAUCUGCACUGAAGACAAUGAUAAAGUUAAAGUGAAGAUUGCAUACCGGUAAUUGAUGUGUUAAGAUACAAGAGACAGAUCGUUGUAAACUGCGCAGCCCUUCAUGUGUUUUUUGUUUGGUUUGUGUAAACCUAUAAAUCUGAAACAUGGUGUGACACGUAGCUAAGAUAUAAGGUUACAUCUGCA